AUGGAUAAUUCAAAUGAAGCAUCAUCAUCAUUGAGUUUUGUAUCAUCACACAUAUCAAAUGGUUCAAGCAAUACUCACAAUGAACAUGUUGCAAAUAUUGAAAUUGUGAGUUUGAAUAAGCUCAGUGGAAGCCUUGAGAAGCUAUUGAGUGAUGUUGUUGAUUAUGAUUACUGUGAUGCUGAGAUUGUUGUUGAAGAGAUUCCGGUCGGUAUUCAUCGGUGUAUACUGGCUUCGCGGAGUCAGUUUUUUCAUGAACUUUUUAAGAAAGGGAAAGAUGGAGAUUUGAAGGAUGGAAAGGGAACCGGAAAGCCGAGUUAUCAGAUGAAAGAUUUGGUGUGUUAUGCUUGUAUUCAUGAUUCGUGUCGUCCGGCUAUUGAUUAUGCGUUGGAACUUAUUUAUGCUUCUUCCACAUUUCAGAUGAAAGAGCUUGUUUUGCUUUUUCAGAGGUAUCUUCUAAAUUUUGUUGAUAAGGCUCUUGUAGAAGAUGUCAUUCCUAUUCUUGUAGCUGCCAAUCAUUGCCAACUAGACCAGCUUCUCUCUCAUUGCAUUCAAAGAGUAGCAAGGUCUGACAUGGACAUCAUAUCUUUGGAAAGAGAACUUCCUUAUGAAGUUAUGACCGAAAUCAAAUCGCUCCGAGUCCAAUCUCUUCCAGAAUCAUCACCUGAUGCGAUGGAAGUAGAGCCUGUGAUUAUGAACGAUAAGAGUAUCAGGAAAAUCCUUAAAGCAUUGGACUCUGAUGAUGUUGAGUUACUAAAGCUUCUUUUAGACGAAUCUAGUGUGACGCUUGACGAUGCCUAUGCUCUACACUACGCUUGUGCUUAUUCUGAUUCUAAGGUUGUUCAGGAAGUUCUUACUCUAGGAUUGGCGGAUAUUCUCCUUAAGAAUCCGCGCGGAUACACUGUUCUUCACGUGGCUGCAAGACGAAAGGAUCCGUCUAUUCUGUGUGCAUUAUUGAAGAAAGGAGCUUGUGCAUCAGAAACCACUCUUGAUGGACAAACUGCUCUUUCGAUUUGUCAGAGAUUGACGAGACGAAAGGAUUAUAAUAUGAAGACAGUGCAGGGUAAGGAGUCUCAUAAAGACAGGCUUUGUGUUGAUGUACUUGAGAGAGAAAUGAGAAGAAAUUCUAUGUCGGUGGACAUGUCAGUUUUGUCGCAGUUAACUGCUGAUGAUUUGAACAUGAGACUGGAUUACCUUGAAAAUAGAGUUGCAUUUGCUAGACUGUUCUUUCCUGCAGAGGCUAGGGUAGCCAUAGAGAAUGCCGAGGCCGAUUCAACACCACUCUACGCAACUUUGUCGGCUCUUAAAGGAAAUAUAAAAGAAGUAGAUCUAAAUGAAACUCCUUCUUUUAGAACAAGAAAACUCCAAUUAAGAUUACAGUCCCUUGUAAAAACAGUUGAGAACGGUAGGCGUUUCUUUCCGCAUUGUUCGGAGGUGCUUGAUAAGUACCUAGAAGACGAGAUGCCGGAUGUUCAUGUCCUAGAGAAGGGAACUGAGGAAGAGCAAAGAACGAAGAAAGCGCGGUUCAUGGAACUUAGAGACGAGGUGCAGAAGGCAUUUCACAAGGAUAUGGCUGAAAAUAACCAUUCACAUUUUUCAUCUUCUUUGACUUCUACAACAUCAUCUUCAACAAGAAGGGAAAGUCUUAACCACAAAGUGAGGAGAAAAUGA